GAGCAUCAGGGUGACUUUACUAAACAUGGAAGUUCCAAUAAGUGCUUGUCCAGUCCAGCCGGAGGAGUGAUGUCAUUGCCACGUGUUUCCCACCCAGGCACAAAAGCCCGCUGGACGCUGGUGCAAUUAAGAGCCAUGUUUAGACAAGAGCAGCUAACCUGGCCAGCUGGUCCCCAGCUCCAUUAACUUGUUGCUUUUCCAGCCAUCUCUGAAGGCUGUUAGUUUCUUCUGGCUGCCUCUGUGUCAGUGCUGAGUGAGGGGUCCCAAGGCUUCCUUGAGGAUGGAGGAAGCCCAAGGGCAGUGGGUGAUGUUGACGGACCCAGCGAUGACUCUGAACAAUGUCACCAUGCGCCAGGGCACCGUGGCCAUGCAGCCGCAGCAGCAGCGCUGGAGCAUCCCAGCGGACGGCAGGCAUCUGAUGGUUCAGAAGGAGCCCCACCAGUACGGCCAGUGCAGCCGUCACUCUGCUGCCCCGGAGGACCACUGCCGCCGGAGCUGGUCUUCCGACUCCACAGACUCAGUCAUCUCCUCCGAGUCGGGGAACACCUACUACCGGGUGGUGCUCAUAGGGGAGCAGGGGGUGGGCAAGUCCACUCUGGCCAACAUCUUUGCAGGUGUGCAUGACAGCAUGGACAGCGACUGCGAGGUGCUGGGAGAAGAUACAUACGAACGAACCCUGAUUGUUGACGGGGAAAGUGCAACAAUUAUACUCCUGGACAUGUGGGAAAACAAGGGAGAGAAUGAAUGGCUCCAAGAUCACUGCAUGCAGGUCGGGGAUGCCUACUUGAUUGUCUACUCCAUCACGGACCGAGCCAGCUUUGAGAAGGCAUCUGAGCUGCGAAUCCAGCUCCGCCGGGCUCGGCAGACAGAGGACAUUCCUAUAAUUUUGGUCGGCAACAAAAGUGACCUGGUGCGGUGUCGGGAAGUGUCUGUAUCAGAAGGGAGAGCGUGUGCUGUGGUGUUCGACUGCAAGUUCAUUGAGACCUCCGCAGCUGUCCAGCACAAUGUGAAGGAGCUGUUUGAGGGCAUCGUGCGGCAGGUCCGCCUUCGGCGGGACAGCAAGGAGAAGAAUGAGCGGCGGCUGGCCUACCAGAAAAGGAGGGAGAGCAUCCCCAGGAAAGCCAGGCGCUUCUGGGGCAAGAUCGUGGCCAAAAACAACAAGAAUAUGGCCUUCAAGCUCAAAUCCAAAUCCUGCCAUGACCUCUCUGUGCUCUAGGCACCCAGAGUCGCCCAGAUGUCCCCCUGAUGGACGUCAUCGAACACCAUUGGGACUGAUAAUCUAUAUUAGAUUGGAUCCUUAAGUAUUAUUACAUAUGGCUUCCCCCAUUGUAGCUGGGAAUUAAUGUGUUAGCCUUAAGGGCAACAUAAUGCAUGGGAAAUGAAAGAUCUUUGUAAAAUCAGUAUUUAUUUACAGGAAAAAGCCUGACCUGGCUGCUUGAACACCCAAGACUCAUUAGAGGACAUGUUUGGUGUUCACUUGUGUUCCUCUCUCCUUUGGAUAGUAGAGAAUUGAAGCCUACAAAAGAAUGCUCAGAAUGAGAACUUUUCAUCAUUAAAAUUUCACCCAGUGUUCUGAUACAUGAAUUUGAGGCCAUUAGGUCAUACACAAAUGUAGAAAAGCCUUCAAGGGAUUUAUUCAAAGGAGGGAGAACUUCUUUCUCUGUACCUUGUAUUCAUGGAGCUAGAGUUAUAGAACCGGGCUCAUCAUAAUCAUGACCAUCAUGGCUCCAUCAAGCUGUGAAAUGAAAUGGUGCACCUUGCUGGAAGCUAAAGCUUAGUGAACAAUUUUUGUUCAGCGCCCACAGUCGGGGAUCCAGAAAUUUGUAGAAUUGGGAACUGAGACAGAUACUACUUACGGGAUCAAAAAGUCAUGUCUUUGCUUCUGUGUCUUGUAAUUUUUUGUUUAGGGGAAAAUUAUUUUAAUCAAAUUCUACUCGGUCAAACCACCUUUUAUGUUUCAUUGUUUUUAAAGUCAUGGGGCCAUCAUGAAAAUAUUUUAAAAAUUUGAAUUAUUGAUAACCUGGAGUGCAAAAUGCCAAAUUUUGAAAUAUGAUCAAAGGUCUGAAUUUUUAUAAAACACAAAACAUAAAUACUUCCAGUACUUUGGGUUGACCAUUGUAUGCCACAGCUCUGCUCUAUUUAUUGUUAUUUUGCAAAAUAAUAGCCAUUUUAACAUUUGAUAAAGCAUAUUUAUGAGCAUAUUUCUUAAUAGGAAAAAUGUCCAUUUUAUUACCAUUUUCUACCUUUUUCAGAAUAUGCAAGUUUUUACCUAUGUGUCUUAUAAUAAAAGAAAUAAAAUCUUUGGGAAAAAA